AUGGCGGCAUCACUAGCCUGUUCCUCCGUCUUCUUCUUCGACGCCGAGCUGCUCAGCGAGGCCGGCAUGCCGGCGUUGGACACGUGCGCGCUCUGCACCAAGCCGCUGGCCCGUGACAGCGACAUCUUCAUGUACAGAGGGGACAUCCCCUUCUGCAGCGAGGAGUGCCGCGACGAGCAGAUGCAGCUCGAUGCCGUUCGCGCCGGGAAGGCCGCCCGACGGCUGCGGCAGUACGCUUCGGGUACGGAGGCGCGGCGCGGGCACCAGGAGUACAGGAAGGUGUCCGUCGUGAGCUGA